UGGGCCUUUGUUCUGAUUUUCCUGUGGCAGUGGGCACCUACAGUGCCAGGUCCUCUCCUCCUUCCCCAUGAAGUCCAUGGGAGGUCCUGAGGGGCAGGAGCUGCACAAGCUGGAUAAUGGAGCCUGGGACAACCCUGCCUACAGUAGUUCCCCUUCACCUCACGGGACACCAAGGAUCUACACUGUCUCCAGUGUGGCAUCCCCCUCCAACGAGCCCCAACCCAAGAAGCCUGAAGAUGGAGUCCAGGAGAAGACACACAGGACCCUUGGGUCCAGCUGCUGCCUCCACAUCUGUCAUUGCAUCAGAGGACUCUGGGGAACAACCCUGACUGAGAACACAGCUGAGAACAGGGAACUUUAUGUGAAGACCACCCUGCGAGAGCUUCUGGUAUACAUCGUGUUCCUGGUAGACAUCUGUCUGUUGACCUAUGGAAUGACAAGUUCCAGUGCCUAUUACUACACCAAAGUGAUGUCUGAGCUCUUCCUACAUACCCCAUCAGAAACUGGAGUUUCCUUCCAGACCAUCAGCAGUAUGGCAGACUUCUGGGAUUUUGCCCAGGGCCCACUCCUGGACAGUUUGUACUGGACCAAGUGGUACAACAACCAGAGCCUGGGCCAUGGCUCACACUCAUUCAUCUACUAUGAGAACCUACUGCUGGGGGUCCCGAGGCUGCGGCAGCUGCGGGUACGCAAUGACUCUUGUGUGGUGCAUGAGGACUUCCGGGAGGACAUUUUCAGCUGCUAUGAUGUCUACUCUCCAGACAAAGAAGAGCAACUCCCCUUUGGAUCUGUCAACGGCACAGCGUGGACAUAUCACUCACAGGAUGAGCUGGAGGGCUCCUCCCACUGGGGCAGACUCACAAGCUACAGUGGAGGUGGCUACUACCUGGACCUUCCAGGAUCCCGCCAGGCCAGUGCAGAGGCGCUCCGAGACCUUCGGGAGGGGCUGUGGCUGGACAGGGGCACUCGGGUGGUCUUCAUAGACUUCUCAGUCUACAAUGCCAACAUCAAUCUUUUCUGUGUUCUGAGGCUGGUAGUGGAGUUCCCAGCUACAGGAGGUGCCAUCCCAUCCUGGCAAAUCCGAACAGUUAAGCUGAUCCGCUAUGUCAGCAACUGGGACUUCUUCAUCAUUGGCUGUGAGAUCAUCUUCUGCAUCUUCAUCUUUUAUUAUGUGGUGGAGGAGGUCCUGGAGCUCCACAUGCACCGGCUUGGCUACCUCAGCAGCAUCUGGAACAUACUGGACCUGGUGGUCAUCCUGCUUUCCAUGCUGGCCGUGGGCUUCCACAUAUUCCGAACCCUCGAGGUGAAUCGGCUGAUGGGGAAGCUCUUAGAGCAGCCAAACACAUAUGCUGACUUCGAGUUCCUGGCUUUCUGGCAGACGCAGUACAACAACAUGAAUGCUGUCAACCUCUUCUUCGCCUGGAUCAAGAUAUUCAAGUACAUCAGCUUCAACAAAACUAUGAUGCAGCUCUCCUCUACACUGGCCCGCUGUGCCAAGGACAUCCUGGGCUUUGCCAUCAUGUUCUUCAUUGUCUUCUUUGCUUAUGCCCAGCUUGGUUACCUGCUUUUUGGAACGCAAGUGGAGAACUUUAGCACUUUCACCAAGUGCAUUUUUACUCAGUUCCGGAUAAUCCUUGGGGACUUUGACUACAAUGCUAUCAACAAUGCCAACCGAAUCCUGGGCCCUGUCUACUUCGUCACCUAUGUCUUCUUUGUCUUCUUCGUGCUCCUGAACAUGUUCCUGGCUAUCAUCAAUGACACAUACUCAGAGGUCAAGGAGGAAUUGGCUGGACAGAAAGAUGAGCUGCAGCUCUAUGACCUCCUGAAACAGGGCUACAAGAAGACUCUACUAAGGUUACGUCUAAGGAAGGAGCAGGUUUCAGAUGUGCAGAAGGUCCUUCAGGGUGGGAAGCAGGAGAUACAGUUUGAGGAUUUUACCAACACCUUGAGGGAACUGGGGCAUGAGGAGCAUGAGAUCACUGAGCUCACAGCUGCCUUCACCCGGUUUGAUCAGGAUGGGAAUCACAUUCUGGAUGAGAAGGAGCAGGAGCAAAUGCGACAAGAUCUAGAGGAAGAAAGGGUGGCCCUCAAUGCUGAGAUUGAGAACCUGGGUCGGUCCAUUGUACAUAGCCCAGCUGGUGAAUUGGGUACAGAGGCUGCCACAUCAGAAGGCUGCAUUUCUGGAAAAGAAUUCUACAUGCUCACAAGAAGAGUCCUACAACUAGAGACUGCUCUGGAAGGAGUUAUAUCUCAAAUUGAUGCUGUGGAUUCAAAGCUGAAGAUGUUGGAGAGGAAAGGACAGCCAGCUUCCUCCCCAGGAGAGCAGGAGGAACGGCGGUUUGGGAACACUUGCAUCCAGCUGUAGUUGAAUUCCAGCUCCCUAGGGAGUCCGGAUGGGCACAAGAGUGGUGGAAAAGGGGUCAUACAACAGACGUUCCUCUCUUUCUGACUCCCCAGAGAGAGCAGCAGGUCCGUUCAUGGAAGGUCCCACCCCAUGUAUGGCCUUUUGAGUCAAUGUUUCUGUGUGUAGUUGGGCAUCAUGCUUGUGACUUGGUGUUUCUGUCUAUAGCCACAUAGUACUGUGGGCUUAUUUCUUGUGCACUUAGCUCUACUGUGAUUCAAAAAUAGUCAAGAACAAACAGGAUAAGGAAAUGAUUCUCCUUAAACACCUAAACAGCCACGAUUUAUGAAAAAGGUAGAAGCCAAGACAGUAGGUAGUGUCUAGAUGUCUUCUAUUUGCCAGUAAAUCUUAUUGCUAUCCUUUGUGUAUCUAGAGAUCUGCUGCUAGUAUCCAUACAUUUCUUCCCUUCCCCCACAGAGUUUCUGUAAAAGAGAAACAUUAGAGGAGAGUAGACUCCUCUUACAAGGCAAGAUUCCAAUAUAGCAGAGGAAUUAGUGUAAUGCCCUCCCAGAGCAAAGUCAGCAAAGGUUCUUCUGGAGGACCCUGGUUCCUGCCUUCCUGCUGAACACUGGGAACUGGGUGGAUAUAUACCAGGAAAUGAAAAUUGAAUCUGAAGGGAAUCAGGCAAGAAAAUGACCUCAGAAUUCAAAGACCUUUAGUCUAAUAUGUAGUGGGCGUGAUGCUAUUCUUCUAU